AUGAUCAGGUGUGGAUAUACUCUUAGCAGCAGUUUCUUUGUUGCGGAUCACGUAGGGUGGUGUGCGGUGGUGUGCAGUGCUGCGUGGUGGGGCAGGAGCUGUAGGGUGUUUCGAGCAACGGCAGUCAGCGGGUCUUCUCAACCUGUUACCGGUCAGUGUGGGCGUUUUGGCGCUUCCUACAUUUCUCCAAGGUGCUGUGCGGUGCGGCGUGGUGGAUUAGGAGCAGGGUGUUCUGAGCAGCGGCAGUCAGCGGGUCUUCUCAACCGGUUACUGGUCAGUGCGGGCGUUUUGGUGCUUCCAACGUCUCUGGGGUGCUCUGCGGUGCUGUGUGGUGGGGCGAGAGUGGCAGGGUGUUUCGAGCAACGGCAGCAAGCGGGUCUUCUCCAUCGGCUAGCGGUCAGUGCGAGCGUUCUGGUGCUUUCAACAUUUCGUUCUGGUGCUGUGCGUUGCUGUGUGGUGGGGCAAGGUGGGGAGGAACCAGUUUUUGUAGUGUGCAGUGCAGUGGUGCUAUAUGUUCCGUUGGUUCAUGGGAGUGGGUGGUGGUUUCUGCUGAUUGUCGCUGGUGGGAGUGGUGCGUGCUAUGGCUGCUUCUGCAACGGGUGCUGCUGCUGCGACAAGGGGGGGCUGCUGCUGCGACAAGGGGGGGCUGCUGCUGCUACAAGGGGGAGUGCUGCUAUGAGGGGUGCUGCUGGUAAGAGGGGUGCUGCUGCUACAAGGGGGGGUGCUGCUAAGAGGGGUGCUGUUGCUGCGACAAUGGGUGCUGCUGCUAGAAGGGGGAUUGCUGCUGCUACAAGGGGGAGUGCUGCUAUGAGGGGUGCUGCUGGUGAGAGGGGUGGUGCUGCUUCUAUUAGGGGUGGUGAUGCUACAAGGGGGGGGAGUGCUGCUGCUGCUACAAGGGUGCCGCUGCUACAAGGGGGAGUGCUGCUACAAGGGGUGCUGCUACAAGGGGGAAGAGCUGCUGCUGCUACAAGUGGGGGGGGGGUGUUGCUGCUGCUACAAGGGGAGUGCUGCUGCUACAAGGGGAGUGCUGCUGGUAAGAGGGGUGGUGCUGCUGCUGCAAGGGGAGUGCUGCUGCUGCGACAAGGGGGAGCGGGAGAGUAG